AUGGCUCCUACUAAAGAAAAAAGUAAAAUACCAUUAGUGUUCCAAACUCAGAUAAAAGAAAUCAAAAGGCAAAGACAUCACACCGUACUUCACCAAUUCCAAAGUAGUCCUAAAGAAAUCCCUGUUUGUAAUUCGAAUCAUAAUCUAGCUGCUACUAGUGAACAGAAUGUAGUUCAGCCAUUGGCUACAUCUCAAGAACAGUUUUGCCUUGCAGGACAAAUGAAUUAUUCCAAUUCAAUUUUGCUCUCUACAGCCAUUGUUAGAGUUAAGAAUAGUCAAGGACAAUAUUAUGGAAAAAUAUCUGGAACUAAAAAUCAACCAUCUGCUCUAAACUCCAGAUGUCACAGGAUUGCUUUAACAGGAGAUAUAGAGAAGAUGUUUAGGCAAAUUCUAGUUACUGAAGAUGAUGUAGACUUUCAACGAAUAUUCUGGAGAGAGAGACCUGAAGAACCGUUAAAAGAGUAUCGAUUACUCACUGUAACAUACGGGACAGCUUGUGCCCCGUAUCUAUCCAUUAGAACAAUUCAGCAGCUAGCUCACGAAGAAAUCAAGCAAUUUCCAGAGGCAUCUAAAGUUGCUCUAGAGGACUUCUAUGUAGAUGAUCUUCUGACAGGAACAAAUUCGAAAGAGGACGCCAAGAAAUUAGUAAGUCAAGUAAUCGAACUCAUGAAAAAAGGAGGUUUCCCGAUUCGAAAAUGGGCGUCCAAUGAAUCAUCUGUGCUGGAAUCAUUACCACCAGAAUUACGAAGUUCUUCGGGAUCUCUGCACAUAGAAGAGGAUCAUUUGAUGAAAAUCUUGGGAAUCAUAUGGAAUUCAAAGGAAGACACAUUCAGAAUCAACAUCAGUCCACCAAAUGAAGUUAGGCCAACCAAACGGCAACUCUUAUCCACCAUCGCCAAGAUUUAUGAUCCUUUGGGGUUCCUGUCACCUACGACAAUUCAGUUGAAGAUCCUGAUGCAAGAUAUCUGGAGAGAAAACAUCUCUUGGGAUGAUCCGGUCACAGACUGCAUUUCCGAAUCAUGGACCCAAUUCAGGAAUCAAAUGAAGCAUCUGGCAGAGAUUCAGAUUCCAAGAUACCUUUCAGGAGAUGCUACAGCAAAGCGAGUUCUUCUCAUAGGUUUUUGUGAUGCUUCCCAGCGUGCAUACGCUGCUGUUUUCUACUUAAGAGCUGAGCUGGUAACCGGAAAAGUCCAUGUUUCAAUGAUAACAUCUAAGACAAGGGUAGCUCCUGUAAAAUCGAUAACUUUGCCCCGACUUGAACUUUUGGCAGCUCUGCUUCUUUCUGAACUCUACGUUGUUGUGUUCGAAUCUCUGAGAAAGGUAAUUCAAAUCGAUAAAUCAUUUCUUUUCUCAGACUCCCAAAUUGUUUUGGAUUGGUUGAAAUCAUCUCCCAGCAGAUGGAAAAUCUUUGUUGCCAAUCGUAUCGCAAAAAUUCAAAAAAUGACUUCUGAAGCAUCUUGGCAACAUGUGAAGAGUCAAGAAAAUCCUGCCGAUUGUGCUUCACGAGGUAUUGCAGCUUCCAAGCUAAAAGUUCAUAAACUGUGGUGGUCUGGGCCACAGUGGCUAAGUCAGGGUUCUUUACACUUUCCAUCAAUUGAUUUGUCGACUUCCUGUGAAGAAGACGUGAGAUGUGAGGAGAAGUCAUCCACCGUUCUUACUAAUGUCUCAACAUCAAGUCAAGGCAGCUAUUUUUUGGAAAUCAUAGCUAGGUAUUCAUCAUUCUCACGUUUAAUCCGAGUCAUAGCUUGGUGUAAAAGAUUCAUCAACAAUUGCAGAUCAUCUAGAGUUACUGGUGUGCUAACAUCAAAAGAGGUGGAUGAUGCUACCAAGAUUGUUAUUCAAACUGUACAAGAAUCACAGUUUCAUUCCGAAAUUCAACUUUUAAAGAAGAGACAUCCUCUUCCCAGCAGCAGCAAGCUUCUGCCUCUGGGUAUUUUUCUGGACACAGAUGGAAUAAUCAAAGUUGGAGGAAGAUUAAAAAAUUCGAGCCAGAGUCCAAUUCAAAAACACCCAAUCCUCCUUCCUAAGAGCCAUCACUUCACUAAUCUGGUCAUUCAGUAUUUUCAUCAUAUCAGUUUGCACAGUGGACCUCAACUUACCUUAUGCUGCAUUCGACAGAAAUUCUGGAUUCCUUCUGGCAGAGGAGUAGUCGGAAGACUUUUAUCCAAGUGCCAAACCUGCUUUCGCUUCAGAGCCAAAUCGAGUGAGCAGCUCAUGGGGAAUUUGCCUGCAAAUAGGUUCAGUACUGGCAGAGCGUUUUUAAACGUUGGCAUCGACUUUGGAGGACCAUUCAUCACCAAACCCAACGUUCCUCGAAGCAAAGUAAAAUUAAAAUCCUACCUAGCGCUCUUCAUUUGCAUGGCAACAAAGGCUGUGCACCUUGAGGUUGUUUCGGACCUCUCAACAGAUGCCUUUUUGGCAGCAUUCCGGCGCUUCAUAUCCAGACGAGGAAAACCAACCAACAUGUUUUCCGACAAUGCAACUAACUUCAAAGGAGCCUCUUCAUAUCUAAAGGAACAGUUCAAGCUAAUCAAAUCUGUUGAAGUGCAGAACUUUGUAACUCAAGAAUCCAUUAAAUGGCACUUCAUACCCCCCACGGCACCUCACGUCGGCGGACUCUGGGAAGCUGGCAUCAAAUCGACCAAGCAGCUUCUAAUUAAAACAAUGAAAUCAGCUGUUCUGAACUUUGAAGAGCUUGUGACAUUGGUAACGCAGAUUGAAGCAUGCUUAAACUCAAGGCCUCUAACUCCUCUGUCUAAUGACCCUCAAGACUUGCAACCUCUUACGCCAGGACAUUUCUUGAUUGGUGCUCCAAUGACUUCUUUUCCGGAAGAGGUCCCUUCACAACCAGCGUGCUUAAGGAAGCGAUGGAAUUUAAUUCAACAUCUCCGAGGUCAGUUCUGGAGGAGAUGGCACCUGGAGUACCUAAAUCAAUUACAACAAAGAACCAAGUGGAAGAAACCAAGACGAAACCUGAGAGUCAACGAUUUGGUCCUUCUGAAGGAGGACAAUCUUCCACCUCUGCAAUGGAGCCUAGGCAGAGUUGUUCAAGUAUUUCCUGGAGACGAUGGUGCUGUUCGAGUCGUGGAUGUCAAGACCCAACGAGGACAAUUCAGACGCCCUAUUACCAAGUGUUGCCUACUGCCAACGGAAGACUGA